CGUAUCAGUUGAUACUGCCCUCAGGGGCUGUAGCUAGAAGCAUAGCUGCAGUACGGAUUUAGCAAUCCCGAGGUACCCGAGCUAUAAGGGGGCUCGUAGAACAAUUUCAAAAUGGAACUACAUAAAAUUACGUUUAAAUUUAAAUAACGAUACUACAGAGACAUAGUUAUAACGUUAUUUCAAAAGAAAAGUUGCUCGUGCUGAAUAUCACUUCGUAUCGAAAACGAAACAGGGAUUUUGAUGAAAUUGUAACUAGACGUUUCCCCAAGGUUGGUCACCCCCUAGUGGUGUAGAUGGUCGCGAUUCAUGGAUACUAGCCGUUAACCCGCACGAUCGACCAUCAUGCUGUGGACGAGAAGCACAUCCAGGGAGAGAGGAAGAGGGCGUUGCAAAAUGUCGAGGCCUGACACGAGGGUUCGAAAGGAAGUCGGCUUUCAGUCGCAGCUCGGCAGUCUGUACGGGACGAUCGAGUUACGUAUAGUGUAAGUACGGUGUGUGUUCUCGCGUAUAUGUACACGCGUACAGCGCAUGUAUUGGUGAUCAUAGGCGCAGCCUCGCGUGUGCACGCGUAACCGAUACGCCGGACGAAUUGACACACGCGCAGCAAUGGCGUACCCCCCCGGAGAAGCCUGAACGUGUUCUCGGUCGAAUAUUCUUUUGUGUGGUGUGUGUGGUUGUGCGUAAGAGGGACAGAUAAUCCGAAUAAAAUAUCGUAUUCAUGUAAGCCAACGAUAGAAGCGCGAGACGUUAACGUAACACGGUCCCUGAAAGGUUGACAAACGAAGGAACGAGCGACGUUACGCUCGGACAGGAACGUCAGAGCCCAUUACUCGUGGUAUAAUACACCCCAAGUCUCCACGGUUCUCACGGUUGACGGUUAGACCGUUCGUGAAAAGCUUCGCUAGGCAGAAAUUUACGAGAGGCGUAAGCGCGACCGCAAUGUAAGGAUAUCACCGUCGGAGAGAUUCGUAUGACGGGCUCCCGACAGAGUGAAGUGUGGAUUACGUGCAAGAGGGAUAUUCGAGCUCAGGGGGAAGCAAAGAAAUACCGUGUCGAUAUCGAAGACAAAGAAUCGAGGCAGUCACGACGAAAAGAUACGGAAAAUAGAACUGGUCUGAGAAGACGCCGGUUCCAGAACGUUGUAAGCGUUUUACCACAGCAUUUAUUUCCUUUCCUGUCACGAAAUAUGCGAUAAAACGUUUCGUUGGCCGUGUACAUUGGGGGCUUCCUCGGUGUUGGAUAUACCCGAUUGGUCCAACCCUUGGUUAAGGCGACCCUCUCACGACGAUGAAUCGUGUCUAUACCUCUCCGCCUUGUUUGAAGCUGCGCCCGUGACAUCGAGAAGAGUACCACCGAUCAUUGACACGCUUGCAUCGCAAGUACCGCUCCAAGGGGUAGAAAACGAUCGAGAAACGACGAAACUAGAAAGAAGAAGGGUUAUCGGGGUGCUGUCAAGAGGAUAUAAGAUCGCCGGAAGAUCGUUUUCGGCCGUUCCAACGAGCAAUCGCGGCCUCAACGCUGGGCGAGACGGGGAAGAACGGAUUGUCAUCAUUGGGGAGAAUAAUCGCGAGGAUCUUACGAAAUGAGAGCCUAGCGUCGGAGGUGGGUCGUUGGUCAGCGGGCGCGCAAGAAACGACGGUUCGCCGGCGGAAGCCUGGAUAGUAGGAGGUUUCCAACAUGGCCGCCGCCUGCUACGAGAAGGAAGUGGUGGUAGGUGCCGCUAUACACGGACACGGUCAUCACCAUCACCACCACCAUCAUCAUCACCAUCACCAUCACCAUCACGGCGCGACGGGGCAGGCUAACCAGCAGCAAACCGUCCUACCGGCGGCUUCGACUAUCCUCGACGCCACCACUGCCGUCGGCUCUGGUUCGAGUUCGUCCGCGAAUACGACCGCCACUGCGGCUGCCACUGCUGCGGCGGUCGCGGCCGCAGCCGCUGCGGUUGCCGUCACCUCCUACAAGGACUACAAGGACUAUUCGCAGCCUCUCCACGUGGACUGUAGCGUCGAAUACGAACUGCCCAGUCAGGCGAAGCCACCACCCGGCGGCGGCGAACCCCUUCUCAUGAUACAUCCCUGUUACUAUCGUCGCGCCGAACGCGAGAGGAGAAGCCCCUUCGUCAACAAUCUCCCGCCGCCGGCGAACGCUCCUAUAUCCACCUCGAGAAGGACUAGCAGAAGAAGCACGACUGCUGCUGCCGUCGUCGUUGCCACCGCCGCUGUGUCUUCGACAUCGUCUGUGGCACCGUCCUCCACGGUCGUUUCCUCGAUUUCCACCUCGACCGUAUCGUCGUCGACUUCCGCCACGGCCGUGUUAUCAGCGACCGCAGCAGUGGUCGCGACCACCACCGAUUCCGGCUCCGGCCUCGUAUCCACUACCGGCCAGAUGUCCGCGGCAAUGGCAGCCUCCUAUCGAGCGGCUCUAAACGCUGCCGCGACUCUAUCCCAACAACAGAGACGACAUCAUCCCCAACAGCAGCCACAGCAACAACCCCAACAACAGCAGCAGCAUCAUCUCCAUCGAGCACCUCACGUCCAGCCUCACCCUCAUCACGGUCAACAGCAACAACAGCAAAGUUCGGUGACGCCGACCACGUCCGGCGCGGAACUGAUUUCUGCCGACGAGAAAGCAGUCAUAUCAGGUAUUUAUCAGCACUACUUCCGAGCGAUGCGUGCUCACAAUCAUCAGCAGCAACAGCAACAACCUCAGCAGCAACCGGCCCAGCAGCCCCAGCCGCAGCAGCAGCAUCGUACCACUCAUCAGCUUCAUCAUCAACCUCACCAAAGCGACAGAAGUUCCUCCUCGUCGUCGGUAACACCGACGGCCACGUCGAUCUCUGGCAUCCUACGGCAGAGUUAUCAACAGACGUACAACGCGACGAGUUCGAGUUCGGGUUCGUCGAGUCAUCUACGCGUCGCGACGGCCUCCGCGGUUGUCGCUCAUCAUCCGUACAGACGGCCGUCGGCGACGUUGCUAUCACGAGCGGCAUCGCACUUGGGACAUCAGACUUCCUCCUCAUCUUCCUCCUCCUCUACGUCCAUCGGUGCUUCCAGCGGUAUUUCCUCCGGCAGCGUUUCCAGCUUGUACGCGAGUACGAUACACAGGCAUCACGCGACCUCGCUGCACGCCCUUCAGGCGGCCGGUUUUUACGAAACGCCGGGUUAUCAUGCGCUCUUGCCGCAGAGUUAGGUGAUCACUAACCCUCGCGAGGCUGACCCGGUUGCCAGCGUUCAUUUAUUCACGUAAUCCGGGCGCAGAGCCGCGCUCCUCUUUCCUAUUGUGCGACUUAUCUCUUCCACUCGUUAAAGAGUAUACGGGUUAGUCUAGUACACACGCCGGGAUACAUCUAGCUCUGCGUUCGUACCCACCUACGUAUGUAUUACAUACGCGUAGAUGUAUCGUGCAUACGUGUACGUGUACGUAUAUGAUGUACGGACGGUGUAUAUGGUCGCACACAACGAUCGUACGUGCCGUGUUCGUUCGUGUUGGCAGUGUGCGGGUGGCCGGACGGAUGGGCAGAAAGCCGCAGAAUAAACAUACGAACCGUGUACACACUACACACACACAUACACACACGUACAUCUCGACCCAGGGACAGAUGGAGGGAACGAGACAACAGAAAUGGUCGUCUGUACGCAUCGAGCGAUUCCAUCCACCUGCGAUACUCUAGCGCUGUUCAGGUAUAAAAAUCCAUUUGCUUAGGUCCGUAUUAACGACUUAUUUUUAGCCGUACUUUUCGGCCGGACAUGAUUUUCCGUGCGUAAAGUCUUGGAAACCGAGGGAGGGAGGGGGGGUGGGGAUGGGGGGACGCCUUUCAUCAAUGAAGCAACCUAUUAUCGUAUAAGUUCGCCUCCGGAAUACGUCGCACCGGAUUUUACGGUAUUUUCCUAUCCGCUCGAAUGCCAACGGAUCGCGGUCAUCGCUCUCGACAAUAGUAUUUUUAGGUCGUUCGAUCGAUGAACGAGACCGGGAACGUUAACGAAACACACUUACCGAUAUAGUAUUAGACGCAUUUUUUCCACCGACUAGCUCGUAGAAUCGCAUUAGCCGACGGUAUCGAUAUCAUUCCGACGGGCGAGUUCGCUUCGACGUUCUAUCGCUGAUUGCACGAACCACCGAUUCAUACAAGCUCCGAACGACAAUCAACGCGAAAUCGCGAGUGCCAAACUAUCGAGCGCAACCGACGGCGAGACGUUAACCGACGGGGUUUCGAACGUCUUCGAACAAAGGGACAUGGGGAAGGACACGGGAAGCUUGUCUUUUUUUUUCUCUCAUUUUUUUUUUUCUUUCUUUGCUUCACGUUUCGCGAGCAUAUACGGGAAAUGACAGUAUUCUCCGGCUACGUAGCGAUCGUAGUCGUCCUGCUCUAACGGAACGUUCUCCCUCGCCGUUUCGCUUCCUCUCUCGCGUAGCAUCUCUAGAAACCCGAGGUCCGAGAGAGCUGGUCAGGAUCUCGUCUUUUUUUUGUCCUGCGCCCUUUUCAAAGAGCGCGCUCAAGGAGAAACGACGAGGACCGUAUUUCGUUACACGGUAACGAUCGAUCAACGUGACCGCACGACCGCACCGGCGGUACGGGCGAGCCGAGGCGAAGCGAGACGAAGCGAGGCGAAACGAGACGGGACGGAUCUGGGCGGUUACGGGACGGGAAGGGACGAGAGAGACGAGGAGAGACCAGACCAGACGAGAAGGGGGCGCGGUCAAGAUGGGGAUCGGUAGAGACGAAAUCGGGAGACGACGAGCUCGCAUAGGGCAAGAGGGAGCAGGAUGCGUCGACUUGUAUUCCGAAAACACCGACGACCAUGUGGACGCAUGCGGACGUUAGGCUGUGCACUCGCUAAUGCGAACCUCCGCCAACUCCUAUAUAAUUUCACUCGUCUCGCUCGCGGUGCCUCGGAAAAAUGCUCGCAGGGGGAGGUUGCGUGAAACAAGGGAAACGAGUCGCGUUCUUCUCUAUUUUUUUCUUUGUUACCUCUUAAGCCCGGCGACUAACUUGCAACAGAACAUUGUAACGUUACGCGAGCAAUUCGCUUAGUCUGGACGGACUCUUGCGCUCUUGCGUGCUCCACUGGUCUGUCGGUUUUUUCACGAACCUCUUUGAUCGUCUACUUUUCACUGAAUCGAGUAGGAAGCAUUUAGAGAGAAUUCAGCCGAGAGUUCGAAGCGAGCAUUCGUGAUUCCAAAAACGACCUUGUAACGUAAACGCUGGUACCGAACCGUACAAUUCGUGUCGAGCAGUUACAUUACAGCGUUCUGUUGCAAGUCGGUCGCCGGCUUUAUACGUAGAGAUUAUAGAUACAGUGAAGGAACUAGACCCAUCGCGGCUAAAAAGGGAAAGAAAAUCACGGUGUCCUGUCUGACUUUGUCCACCAACGCAUGCGAACAAGUGGAUGGUUACGCGCGAGUUCUCUCAGGGUAUCGCGGUUUUUUCCCCUCUUUUUAGAGGGUGAAUUUUAGGAACUUUAGAGGAAGAAGUAGAAACGAGAAGGGGUAAUAACGUUUAUUUAUGUAGGCAAAGCUCGUGUAUUUCUCUGAAGCCUUGGAAGAUUCGCAUUCGAACCUCGAGAGGGGGAAGAAACAAUUUAACGGUAAUUGGGGAAGAAUUGAGCGGUUGCGAAGGGCAGAGAUGGGCACGAUUUUAUUCGAAUAAUAGAAGGUUAAGGUAAAAUCUGUGUAAGGUUCCUCCUUUGAUGUUUGGUAGGAAGGGAUUAAGUUGUAAAUCUGAAAUUUCAAGGUGGGAUCGGUAUGGUGAGGUUUUUCCUAUUAAAAUGAGACCCCAUUGCUUGGAUUAUUCUUAAUUGGAAACAAAUUCUAUUCAAAAAUAGUAAGAAUGUGAUCGUAUUUGAAUUAAUUUUCGUUCAUAGCAUUUUUCAUUUAAUUUCUCGAGAUACACGUGGAGUAUCUGAUAAAUAGAGUUGGGUAUUUCGGGCCACCCUGUAUUUCCAACGCGUACUGCGUUUGACACGAGGCGCAAUCGUGCGCCUUCCAGCCGGUCGGUAGCAAAUACAUUUCCUUGGUUAUAGAUUGCUCGUACGGUAGAGGGUUAAACCUCGUCCACUGAUGGACGUUUAUACGACGUGGAAGGAAGGAGGGCAUUAUUGUGCCUCGUUGAAACCCCCGUCGAACUCGUUAUAUAAAAUAUGACGUCGACAUUAGGUAAUUAGGAAGCGUCGCCGUCAGAAACGUUGUCUCCGCUGUCUUUGAAAAGGUUUCGCUGGUCGUUUUCUUCUCGUUUAUCGUUCCGUUGUUUCCACGACUCGACGUCGAACGUUAUUUUUACGUCUCGAAACGUUCGACCUCGAAACUAUCGUGGAGUGGAUGUCGUCGAUUAUUCUCCGCUUCGAAAUCGCCUUCCGAGAACAAUUCCGACCAUCGUGAACGCUACGGAGCGCUUCUAGCGCGUUAGAGAUUCGAUUUGAAAAUAUUCCGAAUCGGAUUUUCGUGCGAAAAUAUAUGUUCCGUUUGGUGCGUGCGCAAGACUUGCGAAGCCGCUUUGUGAAUUCGCGUCGGGCGCACACAGAGCCGACUCUCGAGCAGCGGCGGCUCGUUCCCGCCACUUACCCUUCGUCGUCCAUCUCGACCGAGCAUUUCCGCCCCGCUGUUUUUGCUCGUUCAAAGGGAACGGACCUCUUAGCGCCAAAGCAGAGGGAAGCAAAACGGAUACAGAGCCUAAAUACAGUUACUUAGAGCGUAGAUGUAUCGCUGACGGGAGGCUACGUUUCGAUAUCUACACAAUCGUUCGCCUUGUUCGCUUUUUUUUAUUAACAAACGCCAACUGAUAGACUCAAGGGCCAUGCCCUGUUACAAGUUCGAAUUUUGACCAAAGUUUAAGAUUUCUUUUCUGGAUGACUCAUUCAUAUUUUUUAAUGAAAUUGACUACACUUAAUAACGCUAUUUAUUUUUCAUAGCAUCAGUACCGUAUGAUAUUUAUUUGACCUAUUGAAAUCGUCUUCAUUGGUAGACCCAUUACGUUACACGAAACCUCUGAAAACACAAGUUACAUUAGUUCGGUGGUUUUCGAGAAAAAAAUACUUUCGACAAAAAGCAUCUAAAGUUUAAAUUCCAGUUUAUAUCAGCCUGGAGCGACUCAUGUACGAAGUCAUAUAUCUUACGAAAACGUAAAACAAGAAAUAUAAAAAUUCCAAGAUCUUUUUACUGAGCAUGCCUCCUUGAUUCGUAUGGAAGAUUUUGGAAAAUUGCUCAUAAGUGACUUCGGGCAAUUUCCGGUAAAUGGGACUGUUGGGAGAAAGGAAAAAUAGUGGUAGUUAGAAGGUCGUUAAAAGGAUCCUUGUGGCUAUUCGGUUUUUUUCCUUUCCAUUUGUCGACUAUCUAUAAAGUUUCGCCGUAAUCUGCCAUCGGGCGGACGUAGCCUUCCACGUCUCUCCUAAUUCUUUGUACAGGGUGUUCCCGGAGUUUGCGUCAACGUUUGUCGAAAAUAAUUGAACACUCAAACUUUAUGCUUAUUGGGCUGAUUCAUAAAUAACUUCCGCUGCAGGUGUAUGUUAAGUCUGGAUCAGGUAACAGUUUUUAAUUUGUCUAUUACAUAGGAACAGGUGAUAAUCAACGAUCACGAUUGUACAGUUGUUUAAGAUUCAUUCUCCAAUGAUCUAUUUGAAAAUGAAUUGUAAGCCUAUCAAUCAAUUUUUGUUUGCUAAGACAGUCUAGAAGUGUGGCUGAUGUAAACUAGAUUGUUAUCUAUCGCUAAGAUGGCAUUAUAUGGCUCCAUGGAAAACAUUUCAAAAAAUUGUCCAGAAAACCAUCCUGAUAGAUGAAAUUAAUUCUCUCUGAUACUAUUAUCAAAAUAAACAAAUAUUACUCAAUUCAAUUAUAUUAGGUUGUCCCAAAUGUUUCUUUCGUAAUUUGCACUCAAUUAUUUUCUGUAGCAGUGUUUAUAUAAAUAGACAAACUAAUUCCUUAGAUGUUGAUGUUGUACCAGUAAUGGAGCAAGAUGUAUCGUACACAAUUCAAUGAUGUAACAUUAGACAUAAAAUAUUGUGUAUGUAUCGGGUUGUCCGGAAAGUUCAUGCCUAUUUUUAAGAAAACUUCAAAGCCAUAUUUGAAUAUCGAUGCAUGUUUAUUGAAUUACAUAUGUACCAUUUCGUUCCACAACCUUUGCACCUUUUAAGGAGUGUACACAUGUUAUUUGUUUUCAACCAUUCCGACGUAUUCAGACCUGUACCGCCUACUAAAACUCGCCAUGGACUUUCCAGACAACCCAAUAUUACUGAUUAUUAAAACGAAAGAAACUUUUGGGACAACCUAAUACAUCAUAAAGUGUCGCUAAACGGAAGUUACUUACGAAUCAACCCAACGCAUUCCAGUUACUCGACAAAGUAAAGAUAGUAAAGCAUCCAAAUAUUAAACUUCCUCCCCACAUUGUACAAAGUCUCGAAACUCUUCUUCGCUAAAAAUUUCGCCUCGAAAUCUGUUCUUCGUUCUCUUCAAACACGCGUGUACCACGUCUCGGGACACCCCGUAGAUACAAGACGUAGAUCGUUAACCGCUUGCUAUGCAAAGGGAUACGCUCGUAGAAUUCGAUUGUGAUGUGUCGAAAGAAAGGGGGAAAGUGGGAGGGGGAGGAGGAGGAGGAGGAGGAGGGAGCCCGCGAGCUCACGAAACUCUGGCACGGCGAGACGGUCGAAUGUCAAGCAGCCCCAAUAGGAUCGAGCAACGCCUCUUAAAAAAUUUUUUUACGUCUCCCGUAACGAGUAAUCGAUCGUCGAACGGUGUCUCCCCGUCGGGUGCGCUGCGUCAUGGAAAAUGCACGACGAAAUUCGAACCCGCGACGCGCUACGCGCUGGAAACAGGCGGCGACCGCUUUGUUACGUGCCAAAUCGCGGGGACGGUGUGUCCCGCGAGUUACACAGUUUUCCUUCGUCAGCUUUACAGUUCUCCGGUGUUACUCUAAGAGCCAGUGACGACUUUACGGGGGCCAUUAUGGAAUGGAAAUAACGCUUUUUGUAUCGGAAAGUCUGGUAGUUAGUUCUUAGAAGUCGGAACGAUACCGUGGGGGCGGGGGGGGGUGUUUGAAGAAGAAUGAGAAUAGGUCAUUUUGAAGAGGUUGAUUUUUUAACCGACUUCGAAAAGGAGAAGGUUACUCGAUUCGACGUGUAUUUUUUUUUUUUUUUUUAUCCAGUAAUUGGUUGCAUGUCAGUGAAUAAUACAAAAAUACUGCCAGACGUUUUGCGUGGAUAACCAAAGGUUGAAAGAUGCGCACUAAGUUGCGUCGUUGCAAGGGUUACUUUACUAGGUCUGGCAGCCGUUGUGUUCGACGCAAAACGUCUGGCAAUAUUUUUAUUAUUAUUCCCUAUCUUCAUUCUUUUUCAAUUGAUAGAGUUUUCUAAGAAAGGUUUAUUUUCGCUUGAAAAUGUCCCCAGCGAAGUCGUCACCGCCACGUGUUACUCCUAAACACGACUUUCCUUUUUCCGAGUCAGUAUUACUUCUUGCAUUUAGAUCGCGUUUCUUUCGAUCGACCGCGUUUAUCGUCGUUACUUCUUAAAUAAAAAGGAAGAAGAACCCCACGGAAGAUUACGCAAGGGACGUCUUCUGGGGGUAGAUAAGACGACAGAAAGAAGCGUCUCCUCGCAGCUGGGUAGCGGUUCGAUGCCUGGGAACGGCGUACACGAAUUUUUUUUCCUUCUCUCCUUCUUUUUUUUUUUCGCAAUCUGCCUUCCCUGGAAACGCUUCGGUUUAGAAUACUCGCUCGCGCGUUCUCCGACAGAAAUUUCAUCUUCCCGACCCCCGACGCGCUUAUUUAUCCGACCGUUCUGGUUUAGAACGGCUCGAAGCGAGCUCCUGACGCGUACACGUAUACAGUGUGUACCGAAACGUAGCCGUGGAAUCACGGAAGAACCGGGGAUUCCACGAAAGACGAGGCGAGAGCCGUGGAAGAAAAUUUCCUCGCGAGGAACUCUUCGUUCUGGAGUGGAUCGAUCUCGAGAAUGUACGCGGACCACACGUGCGCGUUCGACUAACGAGGGAAGUUUCCCUAUCGGAAAGUCGAGAGGAAAAAUUGAAACUUUGCGGAAACGUAGCUUUGACUGUACCGAUAACUAGCCUGAGGAUGUUUAUGCAAAUUCGGAUUUUUACAGAUACAGAAAACGAACUGUAACUCAACUUUCUAUUUUUCUUUAUUUGCAGACACUUUGAAAGGCGUUUACUUUUAAAAAAACUAGAAUCACUUGGUACACAGGUUCAUAGAGGGUUAAACGAAAGUGUCUUACUUUCUAAAUGGAACAGCAUAUAUUAGGUCGUCCUAUAAGUUCGUGCCGAAGACUGCGUCGAAAUUUAAUGAAAAACCACAGAAAUUUUCUAGUGACAGUACAAUGACUAUAUGAGAAAGAUGAGAAACUAUUGUGAAAUUUGAUUAUCUUUUCUUGUGAUACUUGAGAGUAUGUUUCGCAUAUUAAUUUGAGAAAUAGAAGUAUAAGUGGCACGAACUUUUAGGACGACCUGAUAUAUUAUUGUUGAUAUUUAAUAUACUUUUGCAUUUCUGCAUGCUCUCGCACCCUUCUCGAUACUAUCAUUUGCCGCAAAUGCAUAAACAUCUCCCGAUAACUAUUUUCUGUUUAUGCACGUUUCUGCAGCGUUUCGAAAUUCUUUUAAUAUCGUCGAGUUGCCAAGCAUUCUUUGUAAAAAACAAUAUCGCGGUCCAUGCGUAUUUUGCCCAACACUUACGGUUCCCAAUCUCGAAAUCGCUCUGCCCCUUCUCGAGGAUCACGCAGAAAUUUUACUCCGCAUUCUCGACUUAUCGUUCCGCGAUCGAUUGGCUCCGUUCGAGUCGCAACCCGAAUGGGAGGCAUCGAGCAGAGAAUAGAAAGGAAAAAGGGGAAUACGCCGUGGUUCCGGUAAUUCUUUAUUUCACGUUGCAUUCGGUGGAUACGUGUAUCCGUCGCGAGCGAUUAUCGUGUUUCCUCUCUUCUCCUCCCUCGCCCCUCCCCCAUCGUCUAUCCACUCCUUCGAUUUUCGUCUUCUUUCUUUUUUCUUUUCAAUUUCUUUUUCGUCCCGCCGUCCGCAAAAGUCUGUUGUUUGAUCGUCGUAGCCGGCGAGACCGAGAAGGCCGGUAUAUUUACUCUGUAACAAAAAAAAAAUGAAGAAAAAAAAAAGAAAAACGUGCUUCCUCCGUAAGCGGGUACGAGAAAAGUCUGGCAUGAAGUAUUUUGUCCUACGUCGCGCGUAAUAACGAACUAUAAUGUAAUAAAUUGUACGGUCAAAGCUUCUUCUUAAUUCACGGAGAUGCGUGUGUGCGCGCGUCGUGUUUAAACGGUGAAAAAAAAAAGUAGAAGAAGAAGAAAUGAAAGAAAGAGACGGGAAGAGAGUAUCUGUGCCUCGCCCUCCGCUGUACUUGUGAACGUACUUUUGUGCGUACACAAAAGCUCGAUUCACGUUCGACGGGCCAUCGUGAGAGCGAGACGAAAAGGAAAAGAGAGUACGGGGACGGAAGAGAAAGAAACGGAACGGGUUAGAUAAGACGGCGCAAAGUACGCCUAUCCCGCGAUUUACACGGAAGAUCCUCGAAAAUAUCGUGGAUUAUCAAAGUCGAAGGCUUCGAGCGGAAUCGCGUCAAAAAUUUCAAAAAAUGUAGAUAAUUUAGUCGUUCGAAGAAUUUUUAGUGGAUUCGGGCUGUACAAGCGAAGCUUUUGUUUUCAACAGUCUUUAUAUAGAUCGAAGAUAUUUUGAAAUUCCUGCAAAAAAAAAAAAAAUAGCGUGUAAAUCGAGGCACAGGUGUGCACCACUUGAGUUUUCCACCGGUUCGUGCCCGUCGAACGCGAACCGAGCCUCGACGGAUCAUCGGCGCAUACACGCGCGCGUACACACCUUUAUAGUUCACUACUGUUAACUCGGCCUUAAACAAAAUGACGUAAACUGCCUCAAAUUAUUUAAUAUAUUAACGAGCUAGCGCCCUCGCUACUUUGACUGAAUACAAAGCCUAAUCUCCUGUAUAAUUAUACAUACAUAUUAUAUAUAAAUAUAAAUAUAUAUAUAUAUAUAUAUAUAUAUUAUUAACGAUCGCAUCGCGAGCACGCGUGAUCGCGCGGACAGCGAAGGAAAAAAGGAAAUUGGGGGAAGACAAGAGGGAAUGAGUGAUGCCUAUGUGUAUAGAUAAUGAUCGAUCGAAAAAGAGCGUGUACAGAGAGAGAGAGAGAGAGAGAGAGAGAGAGAGAGAGAUCGAGAGUGUGCGUGUGUAUGUGUGCGCGUAUAUGUGGGAGAGACAAAACACGCAGCGUGUAGCGCAUUUCUAAACGAAAGCUGUUCGCGAGCGCCGCUGGAUUAGAGGACGGCGUAGAGAGCGUAUAUCGAUCCAAACCCGGUAACGUUAACUCCUCGUUUAUCGCGAUAUAGGAUUUAUCGGUUGGAAAGGAGAAACGGUCUUUCCGCUGGCCAGAGGAGGACUAAAAGCGGAGGGUAGAACGAGAAGAGGGACGAAAAGGGGGUUCGAGGCCGCCGCGACGUAGAUCUCGUUGCUCUCGCGAGACGCACACACGAGAUGCUUCGGAUAAGCGACGAGGAACGCUCGAAGGUACUCCGUAGAGCACGAACGAGGACACGCUGAGACGAGUUUAAAUGGAAGGUUUAGUUUUGCCAAGGAAAGAAAAAGGGGGGGGACGGAGAAUAAAGAGGCGUUUGAGUCGAGACGAGGGAUGACAAUUCGACCACCAGCCGGUACCCCGGAUCAAGAGGGACCCACAGAAGUCCCUCUCUUCGGGGUGUCCGCGUCUCUGGCCCGGGGCUGCCGUAAGUCGAGCAAAAGCAGACGCGUCGAGCCUUACGGCGACGUAUUAAGAAAUAGUAGACGUGGGAACUCGGUACAGAGCGUAUAAGAAACAAGGAUACAUAGCGAUUUGCGACGUCGUGUUCGGCUCGACGCGUUGAGCUUUCGCAGAGCUUGGACAAGAAACAACGGUACGGGGAUGUAGCUUUCCUCCCAUGUUCUAUGUGACACGUUAUGCCAGGCCCGAUCGAGCCUCGCGACCCUGCGUACGACCCCUAAAUGGUCUCGCGUAUUCGAAAUCGUCGACGUUCCUCUCGGCUCCGAGCCUCUUCCAGGAGACCGAGUGUCUCGAAGGACGGCCUGGGUUCCCGCAUUAUAGGGGCACGAGGAAUACACACGACAAUAAGGAUCGUAGACGGUCGAACACGAUCCAUGCACCCCACCCAGCGGAGAGUUAAUCGAGAAACGGACGAACUCCUACGGCUUUUAUGGCUCCGCUCGUAAAGAUAUACCCGAGGCUCUUUUUCUGUGGAACUCGGGUGGGGUCCCCUUCGAACACCCGGUCCAGGAACACUGGGGCAGAAACGCCGACGGAGUAGGUAGACAGGCGAGAGGGCGGUAAGGGCAGGUACGCGGUCGAAGGUAAAGCUCCUCUUGCAAAGGGAUGAGGAGCGAGCCGAGCCGAGCAGGUAGUUUGCUCCAGGAAAGCACCGAUCCAAGCAUAAAGCGAACCGAAGCCAUUUUCGAUCCGGCGAUCCUCUCCUGCUUCCACCCGAAUUACAAUGUUCUUGACCGUGGCUGGACCCCUGUCCAAGGGUCCACGCGAAUUUUUCUUAAAUUGGGCCUCCCCCGAUCUUCGCGAUGAAUGAUCCUCCUUGAUCCCUCGGCCUCCUCCUCCUCCCCACCCCCUCGCGGCCUGGAGAAAGAGGACUGUUAGCCUCACUCCUCGAUUGAAAAGCUAAGCUUAAAAAGCACGGAGCGCGCCUAACAAUGACCCUGUUCCUCUGACGCACCGAAUUGUUCGCGUACCGAGAGUACACCGAGCGAUUCAACGAACACACAUAACGCGGCACGUUAUGCUAUUCUUCGUUACCCGCACACCCGGUUCCACCGCUCACGUACACGCACGCAUGUCGGCCCUGGUAAUUCUUUACCCUCGUAAUUCGCUUCGAGUUACCGAGUCUUUUUGAACGCCGCCCGGAGUUGUUUCUUCCCUCUUUCUUUCUUUUUUUACCCAGCGGUUCAUAUCCGCGAGCUUUUCAGUUCACCUUGUUGGCCAUCCGUGGGCUUUCUCGGAACGGGGCGUUCCCGUGAGUAAUUUUCGUUUUCCUGCGACAACGUACGACCAAUUUGUCUAAUUUUCCGUGGAACUCGUUCGCCCGGUUUCGACGCGUUCGCGUGUUUCUUUUUUUUCUUUACAAUGCCUCCGCGGCUGUGCGUCAACCGAAGCCUUAAGUGCUUCGUCAUUGAAGCCUACCGGCUGUCUCGUGGUUUCGAAGAUUUAGAAACGUCCACGGUUUCCAUUUAAAACUGCUUCGAGGGCACCCUUCUAAGACAUCCUUUCGCGAUAUUAGUGUUCGUUAGACCGGGGAUGAUUAUUUUAUCUUCUAAACGGAGCGAUAGGUGUAUCUUUUGCGUAUCUUUGGAUUUGUGUAGAUUCUCAUCAAUUUCCCCGUGUUUCGAUUUACUAUAAAUGUCUAGACGUAGUUCGGCGGUGAUUUUGAAAAAGUUGAACGUCAAAUUUUUGUUCUGCCUCGCUUUAAUACGGUAUAUUUGUUCACUUCUAAAAUGUUUUGUGAUCGUCAGCAACGGUCAUUCUGAUAUAAAAGCAACCGUACGUACGCGUGCCGAUAUACCUCAGGGGUGCAACAGUAUCAAAAAUAAAAUUUGUUUAAUAGAAAACUAUUAGCCAUACCAAUAUCAAAUUUCGCGCCUUUAUUCAUACAGUCUCGUUAAAAAUAUUUGAAAUUGUCAUCAAGGUUUGGAAAAACGUGCACAGUUGGUGUUCGACCCUGGAUCGCCGCGCUGGGGGGUUUCGAUCUCUCGAUAGUCAAACCGGAGGGUAGAUAGCGGAAAGAGCGAGAAGCGCAGAGGGAGAAGGCGCGAUUCCCGAAAGCACCGAGCCGGGCCAUAAAGGAGAGACGUCCAUGUGUCACGAACGUCAGGAUAUUAUGGGUUACUGUCUAUGGAUAGUCCCAGCGAUUUGAAACGAUGGACCACGCCCAAAAUGCCUGGCAUCUCCGCUUCGACAAAAUUUCUCUCUCUGGCUCUCUCGCAUUUCUCUCUCGUCCCGUUCCUCUCUGGACGAUCGAUCCUCUUUCCUCGCGACACAAGCUGGCAAAAAUUUACCGCCGGUAAAAGUCGAACCACGAAACGGGACAGCCGAAUACGCCCCUAGCUGGAGCGACCCGAGGCCUGCCUCUCUGGCCAAUCGAUAACCACCUCUUGGUGCCUCCGCCGUUUGACAGCCUUCGCGACAUUUCUCUCCGUGGGUUAUUUCUCUCUUCCUUUCCUAUUUUUACGCCCACCGAUUGCCUAUCGUCCUUUCGUCGCUUCUCUUUUCUUCUCUCACCUUUCCUUUCGUUCCCUCGACCGACGACCCCGACGCGACAUUUUCCUUCCCCUCGUGAAAGCGGAACGGCUACGCGACCCUUCCCCCUCCCCCUCCCCUCCCCUCGU